AGUUCCUGGGCUCCAGCCAGUAAACAGUCCUCAGGAUCUCCAUAACAGGCUUCUGGAGGCCAGGGCCAGUCUCACUAGGCCUAAGGAGCUGGGGAGAGCGGCAGGGUUGGUGUUCUAAGCGGGCGAUGGAGCUGAACUUGGCUUCCCCGGGGCAACGUGGCUUUGACAUAUGAGGGCUCGGGAAAGGGGAGAAGGUGGAAGAGAACCCUAAUAUUACCCCAUCAGGACGUUUUCCGUUUGGGGCAGGAGAGUGGAGUUUUCUUGUUCUUCCCUCCCCACCCGCCCACCUGGCACUGGGCUCCUCUUAAGACCCAUUCUCCAUCCGCAUAUGGCUAGCUUUCUCCCCUUGUUCAGGUGGUUCCUUAUGUCACGACAAUUUUCGGUGGCCUGCGCGCGGGCAAGAUGGUCAUGCUACAGGGAGUGGUCCCUCUAAAGGCACACAGGUUCCAGGUGGACUUUCAGUGCGGCUGCAGCCUGCACCCCCGGCCGGAUAUCGCCAUCCACUUCAACCCACGCUUCCACACCAGCAAGCCGCAUGUCAUCUGCAACAGCCUGCACUUGGAGCGCUGGCAGGCCGAGGCCCGGUGGCCCCGCCUGCCCCUGCAGAGAGGGGCGCCCUUCCUCAUCCUCUUUCUCUUCGGGAGCGAGGAGAUGAAGGUGAGGGGAAGGGAUGGGCGUCGGAGUCUGGGACCUGCAUCCCUCCACUACGUCUUCCUUCUGCCGAAUUCCCCACGUCACUGCUGAGGAGGGGUGCCACCCGCCGGGAGAGCUUGAGACCCGAGAGGACGGAGCAGCUGCCCAGCCCCGUCCCAAGCUGCCCGGGGCCCACGUGGCCUGGGACCCAGGGUGGCGAGAAAGGUCUCCCACGCCUGGCCCUGGGAAGGACCCCACUACCAUCGUCCAAGCAAGCUCUUCAAGAGCGCCUGCAAUAUGCUGGGCUCUGUUCUAGCCCCUAAAUAUCCGCUGGGUAGGUCCUCUCGGGGCGGGUCCUCACAUCCUCCCCAUCUCUGGGCCUCAGCGGAGGGGGCGCGGCACAGGGACAGAGACCUCCACUUCCAGGCUUUCUCCGGGGAUGGGGACUCCUGCCAGGAAGAUGCCAAGACCUUGACCUCUCAGGGGAAAGGGGAGCU